AUGUGGUUUCAACGGUCCAGAUCCAAAUGGUUGGUUGACGGAGAUCGGAAUACUAAGUAUUAUCACAUUAAACCAACCCAAAGAAUAAGAAGUAAUCAAAUUACUUUGAUAAAGGAUGCUAAUGGUUUAUGGACCGAUAAAGCCGAGAAAAUUGGCAAACUUUUCAAAGACUUCUAUCAGGACCUUUUCACCAAGGAUCUUGACACAUACCAGUGGUUAGAUACUGUCAACAAGUUUCCCAAUUUGAGCGCAGAAGUUAUGGCGAAGCUUAAUAGUCCAAUUGAUAACGGUGAAGUGAAGAAAGCUCUCUUCAAUAUGGCUCCUUGGAAGGCUCCUGACCCAGAUAGUUUUCCGGCGGGGUUUUUUCAAAAAUCAUGGUCAAUGAUGAGUGAUAAUAUGUGCAAUUUUAUUCAGAAGUUGUGGAACAAUCCAGCCAGCAUUAAAGAGGUCAACCAAACUGAGCUAAUUUUUAUCCCCAAAGUCAAUCUCCCUACUCAGGAUCCAAUAUCACCCUAUAUUUUUGUUAUCUAUAUUGAUAAGCUGUCUCACAUGAUUAUGGGUUCCGUGGAGAGUAGCAAAUGGAAAGGCUUCAAAGAGGCAAAUGAGCUGGGGAAGUGCUUGGGGAUGCCCAUCACUGGGAGAAGCCCGAAAUCAAAAGAUUUUAACCAUAUUCUGGAAAACAUCAGGAACAAACUAUCAACUGGAAUGCUAGUAAUUUAUCUUUUGCAGAAGUGUAUCAAAGAGAUUCACAAAAUUCAGAGAAACUUCAAUUGGGGCCAUAAAGACGAAGAGAAGCAUAUCCAUGGAGUAAACUGGAAAACUAUCAUGCAUCUGAAGCAAGUCGGAGGUUUGGGAUUUUGCAACCUAAAUUUCAUGAACAAAGCUUGUCUCUCUAAGCUGGUUUGGAAGCUUAUGUCAGGUGAAAACAACCUUUGGAGCCAGGUCGUAAAAGCUAAAUAUGAUAGAGAGAACAAUAAUCUUGUUACUGUUAGCGCAAAGCCUAAUGAUUCAGGUUUGUGGAAACAAAUUGACAACAUUUGGCCAGUGCUGCAAGAGAUGGCAUACUGGGAUAUUGGUAAUGGUAACAGUGUUAGCAUCUGGAAAGACUGUUGGUUGAAGUCUGGGCACCUCAUCAACAUGGAGGAAAUCAACAGUAGUGCUCUGCAGCUGGUAAAAGUCUCUGAUCUGGUCGACAUCAAUAAAGAGUGGAACUUAAGUUUGCUUCAUAGUUUCCUUGACAUGGAAACAAUUGAGGAAAUUACGGCUAUUCACCCUCCCAGAGAUUAUCAUGGCGAAGAUGCUUGCCUUUGGAAAGGCACUGCUAAUGGAUUUUUCACAAUAUCCAAUGCUUAUAACCACACGUGUAAUGUUACACAGGAUGGAGGUAACACUAAAUCCUGGAAGCAAAUUUGGAGAUCGAAAGUUCCUGAAAGAAUCUGA